UCGGAUGGUGAUGCGAGCUCCGUCUGCUCCCGCUGGGCUUCCCCCACCUGCGCCCGUGCACACUUGCGCUCCCUCUUGUUGAGUGAGUGAGUCGAAUUAUUUGCCAUUUCUUUCUCUGCUGCGUGAUCCUCACCACGGAGAAGAGGCUCGCCGCGCGGAUAAACAAGCGGCUGCGGCGGAGGUGGAGGAGGAGGAGAGCGGUUGAUGCGCGGAGGACGCACCGGGAGGAGGAUGGCUCCCACACCGCGCCGAGCAUCCCCGUGGCUCGUCGCGCUCGCGCUCGUGCUGGCGUGCGCGGGGCCGCCGCCGGUGGACUGCAGGAGGGCCCGGCAACCGCGGUGCCCCGCGUCCUGCACAUGCACCAAAGACAACGCGCUGUGCGAGAGCGCCGGCCUCAUCCCCAGAGCCUUUCCGCCUGAUGUUAUCUCUCUGUCUUUCGUCAAGUCGGAAUUUACAGAGAUCCCCAGGGAGAGCUUCAUCCACACGCCCGCCCUGCACCUCCUCCUCUUCACGGCCAAUAACUUGGAGUCUCUAGAUGAGGACGCUUUCCUCGGCCUUCCUCAUCUGGAAUAUCUGUUCAUUGAAAACAACCAGAUCAAUUCCAUAUCGCCGUACGCUUUCCGAGGACUGAAAACCUUGGUGCAUCUGAGUCUGGCUUUCAAUAAUCUUGAAACCCUCCCCAAAGAUUUGUUCAAGGGCCUGGAAGCCUUGACUAAAGUAGACCUACGAGGGAACCGCUUCACGUGCGACUGUAAGCUGAAGUGGUUGGUGGAGUGGAUCUACAGCACAAACGCCACAGUGGAUCAAAUCUACUGCAAAGGCCCGUCGGCACUGCAGGACAAGAGGAUCAAUGACCUCAUGCCGCAGUCCUUCGACUGCAUCACCACGGAAUUUGCUUCAUACCAGUCCCUCAAAUUUGAAUCCAUAUCCGUGGAGGCCUUUACCUUCGGCGAAGACCAGUAUGUGGUUUUUGCUCAGCCCUUCAUUGGCAAGUGUAGCUUCCUGGAGUGGGACCAUGUCGAGAUGGUCUUCAGGAAUUUUGAUGAUAUUGACAGCACUUCCACGGUGAUCUGCAAACCUCUGGUGAUCGACAACCAGCUCUUCAUCAUCGUGGCUCAGCUCUUCGGCGGCUCGCACAUCUACAAGCGCGACACCUCAGCCAACAAGUUCAUCAAGCUCCAAGGAAUCGACAUCCUCAAGAUCCGCAAGCCCAACGACGUGGAGACUUUCCGCAUCGACGGCGAGUCCUUCUUCGCCAUCGCCGACAGCUCCAAGGCCGGCUCCACCACCAUUUACAAGUGGAACGGCAACGGCUUUUACUCGCACCAGUCGCUGCACCCCUGGUACCGCGAUACCGACGUGGAGUACAUGGAGAUCUCCUCCAAGCCUCACCUCAUCCUGUCCAGCAGCUCCCAGAGGCCCGUCAUCUACCAGUGGAACAAAGUCACCAAGCUCUUCGAGCGGCGUACCGACAUCCCCGAGAUGGAGGACGUCUACGCCGUCAAGCAUUUCAAGGUCAAAUCGGACCUCUUCCUCUGCCUGACGCGCUUCAUUGGUGAUUCCAAGGUGAUGCGCUGGGACGGCGCCCUCUUCAGGGAACUGCAGACGGUGCCGUCGCGCGGCUCCAUGGUGUUCCAGCCGUUAGCAGUGGGCAGCUGGCUGUACGCCAUCUUGGGUAGCGACUACUCCUUCACUCAGGUGUACCGCUGGGAUGCCAAGAAAGGCGAGUUCGUCCAUUUCCAGGAGCUCAACAUCCAGGCGCCCAGGGCCUUCACGCCCGUCUCCAUCGACAACCGCCAGUUCUUGCUAGCCUCCAGUUUCAAAGGGAAAACGCAGAUUUACGAGCAUCUGGUCAUCGACCUGAGCAACUGAACGGGUACGCCGAGAUGACGGCUGAUGCUAUCUUGAGAAAGGCGCGCGUUAUUAUACAAUGUGUUCUCCUUUCAAAGUGGGUAAAAGUAUUGGGACAUGUUAAAUAAAUUAAAAAAAUAAAAUAAAAAUUAAAAUAAAUAAAUGAAAAGAAAGAAACUAGAUCACGCUCACUUUAAAAAUUCAGAGACUUGAUUUAAUUAUCGACAUGAAAAUCUCUAGGACCCACAAAAUGUCUGAAAAUCCACAAGAGUCAUUUUUUCCCUUUUUCCAGGUUGUCCCAAUACUUUUUCUCUGCAGAUUCUAUUUUAGUCGCAUCAAGAUUGGGCGUAAUGCAUGCAUCUCAAGCUAGAAUCAGACUUCCUGCAUGAUCAGGCCGUCCACGCAUCAUCAUCAUCAUCAUCAUCAUCCGCAAAUCCAGAAUGUGCAUUAGAACAUGACUUUGCGUUACAUUCGUCCGCUCAUGUAUGUAUCAGCACAAAGUCAUGCUCACGUGGAACUUUUCAACCAAUCUGCCAAAAAAAAAAGAAAUGUUUACAUUUUUCAAAUUUGUAAAAAAAAAAAAAAGAAGCUUUUGUAAGGGGCAACAGCAGUGACAUUGAUAUUUAACAAAAUCUGCCUUCCUCACCUUGUCCAUUUUAAUCAUGAAUGUUUGUAUUUUUAAACUAUUGAUAUGUUUUUUUUCAGGAGCACUCGAGAUUUGUUUCACUUUUGUCUUUCGUGUACACAAACCGAUACUAACUAAACAGCCAUCUGUUUUCCAUUCGACUUUUUUUCAAAACUCAUUUAGUUGCCUGGUCUAGUUGUGGCGAAUCUGAAUCGUAGCAGCAGCGGCGGCUCGGACCGUGUUGACGGUUAGGAUGACAUCAUCGUUCACUAACAUUGCGCUAUUUCAAUAAAAGCUUCAAUCACUGA